AUGCCUGACCAGUGGAAGUCUGCCGUCAUCAUCCCGCUGUAUAAGAAGGGCGACCGGCAGGACCCGAGCAACUACCGGCCGAUAUCUAUCAUUCCUGUUGUUGCCAAGUUGUAUAUGACGUUCCAGCACCAGCUGCAGGCCGCCUGGCAGAAGUCGUGGAACCAGAAGCAGAGUCUGAUGCAGAACCUGCGGUUCAGAGAGCGCGGCUCCAUCAAGUCCUGGCGACCAGAGACCAUGGCUGAGGCCAUUAUGUCCGUGCUUAGGGAAGGUCACACACUGUCGCAGGCGGCCCGGAAGUACGACAUCCCGUACCCGACGUUCGUACUGUACGCCAACCGUGUCCACAACCUGCUGGGACCUUCCGUGGACAGUCCCGGCUGCGCCCCCAACGAGAUGCGUCCCAAGGGCCGCGGCCGGCCGCAGCGGAUCCUGCUCGGCAGCUGGCCGGACGAGACGGUCAAGAACGUGAUCCGUGCUGUGGUGUUCCGUGACACCUCCGGACUGAAGGAACAACAGAUGGAAGAGGCCAACGCUGCCGCCGCAGCCGCCGCCGCCGCUAGAAAUAAUGAGAACUCCAGCCACGGGCCGCCGAUGUCCUCUUCUCAGCAGAACGGCCGACCACCGUUCGCCGUCACAUCGGCCGGCAUGGUCCGACCCACCAUGGACGCCGGCCCGCGGGGCCCACCGGGCCCUCUGGGUCCCCAGGGGCCCCUGAGGCCUCCCAUCGGCCACCACGGCGCCGUGGGCCGGCCGCCGGCGCCGCCGGUGGCGCCGCCACGCGGACAGAUGCCGAGUCUGCUCGGGUUCCCGGACAUCCACAUGAUGAUGGGCAUGUUUCCGCCCGGGAUGAUGUCUUCGACUGGAGCCGUCCCGACCAUCAACUUGCCGCCGCUGGCCGACGUGCGGUCGUCAUCAGCCGCGCCCACAUCUCGCUCUCCCCCGGCCCGGCCGGUACCGGCUCUCUCCUCCAUCGGGCCGUCCGAGUCCAGUCCGGAGCGUUCCGGCGCCGCCACACCCACCGAGGCAUCUCAGCAACAGAAGAUGGACACGGGAGAGAGCUCCGAGCCGCCGCAGUCACAGUCACAGUCUCAGUCUCAGUCUCAGCGGUCAGCCGAGGAGGAACCGGCCCGCCCGCCGCAGUCGCAGCCGCCGCCGCCGCUGUCUCACGCUCUGACGGCGGCGCAGUCGGCUCAGGCGGUCCAGUCGGCCACUCAGAUGGCGCAGACGCAGCUGGUGGGGGCUCAGAGAGCUCACCUGAUGCCUCAGGUGCCGCCACUGCAGCCUGACAGCCCGCCGAGCGGGGGUGGAGCAGAGCAGCGCCCUCUGUGGCCGCAGCCGGGAGCGGCAGAGAGGGCGCCACUACCGGUCACCUCGCCGGCCAUCCACGCUACGCCCUGAGUCGGGAAAACGGCUAGCACAACGGCAGAACCACUGCAGACCUGCCGAGCCGACUGAGAAGUGACCAGACUCGGUGCCUCUCAUGGCUGACACUGACUAGAAUCGUUUCGACUUGCCGGCGAGGCCGGUUGUACAGGCUUUAACGAGAGGCUGCUGGGGGGCGGGUGACGCUUGGCGCGCUCGCUGCCAACUGCUAGAUAGGUAUUCAAUUGGAAUGUCAGCAAGAUGAAAAUGAGGGGAGUGUGUUCUUGGAAACGGGAGUUUUGUGGCCUUUCGGAAACCACAGACUAGUGGAUGAGUUGUUCCCUAUGGCGACUUUGGUGUACAUAUGCCACAUGUUUGAUGUGUGUUGGAGUAUGUUGCUGUGGGUGGUUGUGUGAGGCCGUUUGCUUGUUUCUACGUUGCUAUGCUGAAUGAAUGUGUUGCUAGUGUUUGAAGUACGCUGGGAUACGAAGUUAGUUCAGAAUUGAUAUUUAACGCGUUAUUAGUGUUUUUUUUUCUUCUUCGAGUCAAACGACAAAGCGCAUGUUCUUUUAUUUGCCAUUUCUGAUAAAUGGAUUUGAAAUGUUUUGGUGCCUUUCAACUGCGGGGAUCAUGUUCUGAGGGAAGAAGAUACCAACCGAACCACCUUGGGUUCACUGGCUCCUUCAGACUAAAUGAAAAUGAAUUUGGCUGGUACAGUAUGUAAGAGUGCUAGUCGAUGUGAGGUGUCAAACGUUUUGUGCGGUUAAUGAGCCAGUGUUGAAGAACCGAACUAAGGCUUAUCGUUAAUGCACGGCGAAAGUGCUGAGAGUGGGGACAACGUCAGGUCAGUGAGGUUAUGAACCUGUUGUAUGUCUGCGCGCUGUCCCUGCGACCCUGCCGUCACGCUUGUCGAACAUCUCGAUCCUGCAGUGACAAGGGGCGCCCAUUCAGUCCUGCUGGACCCACCAGGUCGCUUCUGUGUCCCAAAGACUGAGCGGCACGGCGGCAGGCUCGCCGGAGGGGACGGAGCGCGACGUCUAUUGGGCUGUAGCAAUCCACCAAGCGAUAGCUGUAUUUAUUUGACGCCUGCCCGGCGCGGUGUGAACAUGUCCUUACCGCGGCCGGCCGCACACCCGGCUUUGUUGUUCUCUGGCGAGCUUCUGUACAGCGCGGCUCACACUGCACAUCAGUCUGUUGUUAAUCGCACGUCGAGCGAGCUCGGUCGUCCGCUGCGCGUCACCGUUCGUAUUUAGAGCCGGCGGGCCGCGCGCGUUCGGACAGAAGCGGUGACCCUCUGCGCUGAGGGUGUGUUCGACCGCCCCUUAUCUCUCUGAGCCACUGUAGUGGGUAGUCUUCACACACUGAGAGACUUGUGCGUAAUGUGGUGUGCCGCUCCGGGCCAAGCGAAACAUAGCCGUUGUUUGUAAUCUUGUAUCGGAGUGAUUGCUGGAGAGAAUAUAUGCAUUUUUGAAAUAAAA